GGGAAUGUGCCGUCGUCGCUUGGGAACAAUUUACACAUUGAUGAGAUACUGAGAGCGGCUGAUGAGAUCCAAGACGAGGAUCCUAAUAUCUCGAGAAUCUUAUGUGAACACGCAUAUUCAUUGUCCCAAAAUUUGGAUCCUAACAGCGAGGGCAGAGGUGUUCUUCAAUUCAAGACGGGUCUAAUGUCAGUUAUAAGGCAAAAGCUUGCGAAGAGAGAUGGUGGAAGCAUUGACCGUAGCCAGGACAUUGCUCGUUUGCAAGAAUUUUACAAGCUUUAUAGAGAAAAGCAUAAAGUGGAUGAGUUACGUCAAGAUGAGAUGAAAUUGAGGGAAUCUGGUGUUUUCAGUGGGAACCUUAAAGAGUUGGAACGUAAGUCUGUGAAAAGGAAGAAAGUAUUUGCAACACUUAAGGUUCUUGGUAUGGUACUUGAGGAACUCACGAAAGAGAUGUCACCUGAAGCAGCUGACAGAUUGAUCCCUGAAGAGAUGAAACGGGUCAUGGAAUCUGAUGCGGCAAUGUCAGAGGAUGUAGUAUCUUAUAACAUUAUUCCGUUGGACGCACCGUCUGUAACAAAUGUGAUAGCAUCAUUUCCAGAGGUGAGGGCUGCGGUGUCAUCGCUAAAGUACUUUAGGGGCCUACCUAGGCUUCCUGCGGAAUUUCUGGUUCCUGCUACAAGGAGUGCAGAUAUGCUUGAUUUCCUACAGUAUGUCUUUGGAUUUCAGAAAGAUAAUGUAUCUAACCAACGUGAACAUAUAGUUCACCUUCUUGCUAAUGCACAGUCUCGUCUUGGCAGUCUUGAUGGAAACGAACCUAAAAUAGAUGAAGGUGCUGUGCAUAUCGUAUUCUCCAAAUCCCUUGAAAACUAUAUUAAGUGGUGCAACUACUUGCCCAUUCGUCCGGUUUGGAAUAAUUUGGAGUCAGCAGUCAAGGAAAAAAAAGUGUUGUUUAUUUGCUUAUUUUAUCUGAUCUGGGGGGAGGCUAGCAAUGUUAGAUUUCUUCCUGAGUGCUUAUGCUACAUAUUUCAUCAUAUGGCAAGAGAAUUGGAAGAAAUUUUGCGUGAACAGAGUGCUCAGCCUGCUAAAAGCUGUGUUUCCCAGAAUGGUGUAUCAUUUCUUGAUCACGUUAUUUUUCCUUUAUAUGAUGUUUUAGCUGCUGAAGCAGCUAGCAAUGACAAUGGGCGGGCACCACACUCUGCCUGGAGAAACUAUGAUGAUUUCAAUGAAUAUUUUUGGUCCCUUCACUGUUUUCAGCUUGGCUGGCCUUGGUGUCUCAACUCUUCCUUUUUCUUAAAGCCCAGUAAGAGUUCUAAGGGGUUACCAUCGGUUGGAAGACAUAAACGUUGUGGGAAGACAUCAUUUGUGGAACAUCGAACUUUCCUUCAUCUUUAUCAUAGUUUUCAUCGUCUGUGGAUUUUCCUCUUUAUGAUGUUCCAGGGAUUAACUAUCAUUGCCUUUAACGAUGGACGUGCAAAUUCGAAGACCGCAAAAGAUGUUCUCAGUCUUGGGCCUACGUAUGUCGUUAUGAAAUUUCUUGAAAGUGUGCUGGAUGUUAUGAUGAUGUAUGGUGCAUAUUCUACAUCUCGUCGUUCAGCUGUUACACGGAUUUUUUGUCGUUUCAUUUGGUUUUCUGUCGCUUCCCUGGUCAUAUGCUACCUGUAUAUUAAAGCUAUGCAGGACGGAACUGAUUCUGCUGUGUUCAAGAUAUAUGUCUUUGUAAUUGGAAUAUAUGCUGUCAUUCAGCUCUUUAUUAGUGUGCUCAUGCGAAUUCCAUUCUGCCAUCGUAUGACAGAGCCUUGUGAUCGAUGGUCUAUUGUGCGGCUCAUUAAGUGGAUGCACCAGGAACAUUACUAUGUUGGACGUGGAAUGUACGAGAGGACCAUAGACUACAUUAAGUAUAUGCUCUUUUGGCUCGUUAUAUUUGGGGCAAAGUUCUCAUUUGCAUACUUUCUCCUGAUCCAACCACUGGUAUCACCAACACAAACCAUUGUUGACUUCACGGGCUUAAGAUAUUCAUGGCAUGACUUUGUGUCAAAGAAUAAUCACAAUGCGUUGACAAUUCUGAGCUUAUGGGCACCAGUUUUCUGUGUUUAUCUUUUAGAUAUACAUAUUUUCUACACCGUAUUGUCUGCUGUUUGUGGGUUUCUACUUGGAGCCAGAGACCGCUUGGGGGAGAUUAGAUCUGUAGAAGCUGUUCACAUGCUUUUUGAGAAGUUUCCUUCUGCUUUUAUGGAUACUCUUCAUGUCUCACUUCGCAAGAGGAAGGAAUUAAGCUCUUCUAAUCAGGUUUUGGAGAGAGAGAAGUUUGAUGCUGCUAGGUUUGCUCCAUUCUGGAAUGAAAUAAUAAAAAAUUUACGAGAGGAAGAUUAUAUUACAAACUUCGAAAUGGAUCUACUUCUUAUGCCAAAAAAUUCAGGAUUCCUUCCUUUGGUCCAAUGGCCUCUCUUUUUGUUAGCAAGCAAGAUUUUUCUUGCCAGAGACAUUGCAGUGGAAUGUAGGGAUUCUCAGGAUGAGCUAUGGGACAGAAUAUCAAGAGAUGAUUAUAUGAAAUAUGCAGUAGAGGAGUCUUAUCAGUGUAUUAAGACCAUCUUGAUAGCAAUACUGGACAAAGAAGGGAGGAUGUGGGUGGAGAGGAUAUUUGAAGAUAUAAAAGGAAGUAUGACGAGGAAAAAUAUUCAGGUUGAUUUUCAGCUGACCAAGCUGCCACUUGUGAUCACCAGAAUUACUGCACUAACAGGAAUACUGAAAGAAGAACACUCGCCUGAGCUAGAACAAGGCGCAGUUAGAGCAAUACAAGAUCUCUAUGAUGUUAUACAUCAUGAUGUUCUUUCUCUAGAUAUGAGAGGUAAUUUGGAUGAAUGGAAUGAAAUAUCUAAAGCAAGGGCUGCAGGUCACCUGUUCUCUACCCUUAAGUGGCCAAAAGAUCCUGAGCUAAAGGCCCAAGUAAGGAGGUUGCAUUCACUAUUGACGAUCAAAGAUUCUGCUGCAAAUGUCCCCCGAAACUUGGAAGCCAGGCGUAGGCUGGAAUAUUUUACAAACUCUUUAUUUAUGAAAAUGCCCGAAGCUAAGCCAGUUUCUGAAAUGUUGUCAUUUAGCGUUUUCACUCCAUAUUAUUCUGAGAUUGUUCUUUAUAGUCUAGCAGAACUUCAGAAAAAGAAUGAGGAUGGAAUAGCCAUUCUGUUUUACCUCCAAAAGAUUUUUCCAGAUGAAUGGAAGAAUUUCUUAUCUCGGAUAGGACGAGAUGAGAAUGCACAAGAGUCUGAACUUUUUGACAGUCCAAAUGAUAUUUUAGAGCUUCGCUUUUGGGCUUCUUAUCGAGGGCAGACUUUAGCACGAACUGUUCGUGGGAUGAUGUACUAUAGAAAAGCCUUGAUGCUGCAGAGUUAUAUGGAGAACAUUACAUCCGAAGAACAUUCAAUAGGGCCUUGGCUAACAGAAACACAAGGGUUUGAGCUAUCCCCUGAGACUCGGGCACAAGCAGAUCUGAAGUUCACUUAUGUUGUCACAUGCCAAAUAUAUGGAAAACAGAGGGAUGAACGGAAGCCAGAGGCUGCAGACAUUGCAUUAUUGAUGCAACGGAAUGAAGCACUUAGAGUUGCUUAUAUUGAUGUUGUGGAAAAUAUGAAGGAUGGGAAACCUCACACAGAAUACUACUCAAAACUUGUCAAGGCUGACAUUCAUGGAAAGGAUAAGGAAAUCUAUUCUAUAAAAUUGCCUGGGAAUCCAAAGCUUGGUGAAGGUAAACCUGAGAAUCAAAAUCAUGCAAUAGUAUUCACUCGUGGGAAUGCGAUUCAGACUAUUGACAUGAACCAGGAUAAUUAUUUUGAAGAAGCUUUGAAAAUGAGAAAUCUUCUUGAGGAGUUCAAUUGCAAACAUGGUCUUCGAAAGCCGACAAUUCUUGGUGUUAGAGAGCAUGUUUUCACUGGAAGUGUUUCAUCUUUAGCUUCAUUCAUGUCUAACCAAGAAACAAGCUUUGUGACGCUAGGUCAGCGUGUUCUUGCUAGUCCAUUAAAGGUGCGAAUGCAUUAUGGGCACCCUGAUGUUUUUGAUAGAAUAUUUCAUAUAACAAGAGGUGGUGUUAGCAAGGCAUCUCGGAUUAUAAACAUCAGUGAAGAUAUCUAUGCUGGUUUUAAUUCUACACUGCGUCAAGGCAAUGUUACGCAUCAUGAGUACAUCCAGGUUGGGAAAGGAAAAGAUGUUGGGUUAAAUCAAAUUGCUCUUUUUGAGGGAAAGGUAGCAGGCGGCAACGGUGAACAAGUUCUUAGUAGGGAUGUUUAUAGACUUGGGCAGCUCUUUGACUUUUUCCGCAUGAUGUCAUUCUAUUUCACCACAGUUGGAUUCUACUUUUGUACUAUGUUAACUGUGCUUACUGUGUAUGCUUUCCUUUAUGGAAAAACAUAUCUUGCUUUAUCUGGAGUUGGCGAACAAAUUCAGGAUAGAGCUGAUAUAUUGGAUAACACUGCAUUAGAUGCUGCUCUCAAUGCACAGUUCCUUUUCCAAAUUGGGCUCUUCACAGCUGUUCCAAUGAUAUUAGGUUCCAUCCUUGAGCAAGGUUUUCUGAAGGCUGUUGUUAGCUUUACUACAACGCAAUUUCAGCUAUGCUCUGUCUUUUUCACAUUCUCUCUUGGAACACGAACUCAUUACUUUGGCCGAACAAUACUCCAUGGUGGUGCAAGGUACCAAGCAACUGGGAGAGGCUUUGUUGUUCGCCACAUCAAGUUUUCAGAAAAUUACAGAAUUUAUUCCCGCAGCCAUUUUGUUAAAGGGCUUGAAGUUGUAAUUCUGCUUGUGGUGUACCUUGCAUAUGGGUACACAAAAAAGGGAGCUGUGGCCUACAUCCUAAUUUCCAUUAGCAGUUGGUAUAUGGCACUCUCUUGGCUUUUUGCUCCAUACAUUUUCAACCCGUCAGGGUUUGAGUGGCAGAAGACUGUGGAAGAUUUCCGGCACUGGACAGACUGGCUUUUUUAUAGAGGUGGGAUUGGGGUUAAAGGAGAGGAAAGCUGGGAGGCAUGGUGGGAAGAGGAACUGGUACAUAUCCGUACACUGCGUGGGAGGAUUUUGGAGACUAUUUUAAGCUUAAGGUUUUUUAUCUUCCAAUAUGGCAUUGUUUACAAGUUGCAUUUAACUGGAUCAGACACAUCAUUGACGGUGUAUGGUCUGUCAUGGAUUGUGCUAGCUGCACUGACUCUUCUUUUCCAGGUGUUUACCUUCAGUCAGAAGGCAUCUGUAAAUCUACAGUUGCUACUACGGCUUAUCCAAAGCAUAUCAUUCUUUCUAGCAUUAGCUGGUAUAGCUGCGGCAGUUGCUCUCACAAGUUUAUCUGUGCCAGAUGUCUUUGCGUGCAUCUUAGCAUUUUUACCCACUGGUUGGGGAAUUCUUUCUAUUGCUGUGGCAUGGAGGCCCCUGGUGAAGAAGCUACGGCUGUGGAAAACAGUGCGGUCACUUGCACGUCUUUAUGAUGCUGCCAUGGGAAUGCUCAUCUUUGUGCCGAUCGUCAUCUUAUCUUGGUUUCCCUUUGUAUCGACCUUCCAGACUCGACUUAUGUUCAAUCAGGCAUUUAGCAGAGGUUUGGAGAUCUCACUCAUCCUGGCAGGAGAUAAACCCAACGCAGGACUGUAAUCUCAUGUUUCUUGUAAAUAUCAGGUUAGUCA